CUCCCUCCUCCGUGUACCCCUCCUUCUUCCUGUUCCACAAAGACAUAAAAGCCAUGCAAUCAUUCAUCCAGCGCGGCGCCGCCUUCUUUACACCCAGUCGAUCGGUCACCCCGAAAGACAACAAUAGACCCCAGGCCAGCGACGAUGCCGUCGUCACCGCGACCGAAGACUUCAAGCAGGCGCCCGACGCCGACACGCUAUUCCCGAAGGUCGACCCAGCCGUAGACGGAGAAGACUGCCUGCAGGACUGCGCCUCGUGCACGGUGAAAUACCCGGCCAAGUUCGACGUGGACCAGGAGGACAACAUGUACGGCAACAUCGACGAGUGGGCGACGCACCUACUGGUCGCGACGGGGAAGACGGACUGGGUGCGCGACGUGGCGGACGAGGCGGGCAGUGUGAUGGAGGCGAUAGAGAAGGGGGGGCUUGUUCCUAGUAAUGGGAAGCUCAAACUCUCGGCCUCCAACAUGCCCGUGCCCGACGAAUACCACUACCACGAACAAGGCCACCAACCCACGACCGUCCUCCUCCUUCCAAGCUUCACCAUCGUCGACCACGUCACGCCGGCUCUGGCACCAGAUCUAAUCAAGUACUUCGUCAACCGCGCGCCCACGACCACCACGCCUUUGAGCGUGACCUCCAGCCCUGAUCCCUCGCAAGAAGCAGACCAAGAACAACCAGACACUCAAAUAAGCACACCCCUCCGCGCCCGCCCCUCCCCCCACUCAGCCAUCAUCCUCCUCUGCUCGCACCGCACCCGCGACGCCCGCUGCGGCCAAUCCGCCCCGCUCCUGCGCAAGGAAUUCGAGCGCCACCUGCGCCACCUGCACCUGUACCGGGACCUGGACGACGAGCGGCCCGGCGGCGUGGGGAUCUAUUUCAUUAACCAUGUCGGGGGGCAUAAGUAUGCGGCUAAUGUGAUUGUCUAUCGGAAGAGGGAUAUGGAUUCGUAUACUAAGGAGUCUGGGGAUUUGUCUGGGGAUGGUGGUGUUACUGGGGGUGAAGGCGCAGCCCAGGGAAUCUGGUUGGCCAGGGUAAGGCCGCAGGAUUGUGAGAAUAUUAUCCGGUAUACGGUUUUGCAGGGGAAGGUGGUUAAGCCUUCGGUGCAGUUGCGGGGUGGGUUUGAUCGACAGAGGGGGUUGACUAGUUGGUAAUCUUCUUUCUUUUCUUUUUGGCCUUGGGUGUAGGGGAUUGGUCGGUUGGGUUGGUGUGGCAUUUAUAUAUAUUCGGACUCGGUUAUACUUGUGUUUAUCAAGAGUUCUACUCAAGACAGAAGGAG